CCUUGCGAGAGAGCGCUGCCGGAAGUAUCGCCUCGUUCUGCUUGAUGCUGGUCUUUUUUUUUUUUUUUUUUGCUGCUUGAGCCCCCCAAAAGGGGGACCAUUUCGGGAUUCCCCUCCCCCCGAUCCAGGCCAUAGAGAGCGGGAGUACAGUGAAAGGCGGACUGGACGUUUGGUCACCCGGAAGAAGAGCAAAGGGAGAGUCUAGAAGCCCAUUUUUCAGCCUCCUGCAGAGGCUUCCCUCAAGCCUCCAGGAGGGCGAAAAUGGCCUCAAACGAACCGAAAAUCAUGUGGGAGGCGCGCACAUGCACAGUGCAGAAAACUGGAAAUACCUAAUCAUGCAAUGGCUUUUGAAGACAUACCAAAAAAGGACUGGUAUAGCAUCCUGGGUGCAGAACCUUGUGAUAGUUUAAAAGAAUUGAAAAGGAAAUAUCAAAGGCUAAUAUUGUUGUAUCAUCCAGACAAACAGAGCACAGAUGUGCCAGCAGGAGAAGCAGAGGCACGCAUGCAGAGGUUCAUCGAAAUUGAUCGAGCAUGGAAAAUUCUAGGAAAUGAAGAGACAAAAAAAGAGUAUGACCUGCAGCGGCGUGAAUAUGAGUUAGAACAAGGAUGUCCAGUGGAUACUCAGAUUUCACUUGAAGAUAUGACCUGGAAUCACAAUGAUCACUGUUAUUCUUUCACAUGCCGAUGUGGUGGAAAAUAUACUGUUUCCAAAAAUGAAGUUGAAGAUGUUUCAUUAGUAAGCUGUGAUACAUGUUCACUAGUUAUAGAAAUUAUUUGAUGUGCCUUCCAGGAAAUACAUCAAUGUGGCUGGUAUUGUAAAUAGCUGGAAUAGUAAAGAAUAGCUCAAUCUCAAAUUGUUUCAUUGUUGCAUUCCAAAUGGUUGGAUGUGUGUGAAAAUUCUCAGAAGAAAAGGUAUGUGAUGAUAGUUUUUAGGCU